AUGGGAAACUGUGUUAAUUCUGGUCAACUGCAGUCCACCCAAUUCGCCCUCGACCUGCUGCAGCUGUUGCACAAAGAUGGAAGUAAUCUGGUGCUGUCGCCCUACUCGCUCGUAUCUGCGCUAGUGAUGCUCCUUCCCGGGACGGAUAGAGAGAGCAGAGCCCAAAUUGUCAAGUCCUUGUUUGAUGCAGAUGACAGCAAGGGUGAGAAUGCUGACAAAUAUGUAAAGUUGCUUGCGGCUACCAACAAGGCUAAUCUGCUGAAAAACAAGGACACACUGAAAGUUGCCAACUUGCUGUAUUUGCACAAAGAUUUUACACUGAAGCCCGAGUAUGUGUCGGUUCUUACUAAAGAGCUGAACGCUACUGGAAAAAGCUUAGAUUUUCGUAGACAAGAAGCAAAAACACUUGACACCAUCAACUCUGACGUGUCCAAGGCUACUAAUGGACUGAUUGAUAAUCUUCUGGAGCAAAUCAGCAAUGAAACUGUUUUGAUUCUGGUGAAUGCCAUUUACUUCAAAGGAUUAUGGAAAAAAUCAUUUUGCAAAGAUGAAACAAACGAAAAAGGGGAAUUUCGUACUUCAUUAGGAGAUGUCAUCGAAACACCGCUGAUGUUCAUGCGAAGGAAAUUGCCAUACGUCUUUGACAACGAAACUGGCACCCAGGCUGUACAGUUGAACUAUCAAAAGAAGGGCAACAUUGCUAUGGUGCUCAUUUUGCCCGGAGAAGGUGUGCCAGUGAGUAGCUUCCUCAAAGGCGAACUCACAUCAAGCAAACUGUACGACAUUUUGAAUCUCUUUUCUGUGGGACCGAAAGUCAACCUUAUUUUGCCUCGAUUUAAACUGUCCACCACACAUCAACUGAUUGAGCCACUUAGCAAACUGGGCGUCACUGAUGUCUUUGACUUUUCAAAAGCAAACUUAAGUCAUAUAUCAUCUUCUGGCCCUAUUUUCGUCACCGAGGUCGUACAAAAAGCGGUCAUUACCGUCGAUGAAAAGGGAACGAAAGCGGCUGCUGCGACUGCUUAUUCAAUAACGUACAGCUUGGGAGCGCCUCCCAGAAAAGAAGAAGUCUAUUUUACAGCUGACCGUCCCUUUAUCUUUGCACUGGUCACACAGGACACCCCCAAACAAGUGCUCUUCAUUGGCGUCGUCGAGGACCCGUAA